ACGCCGCGAGGGGAACAUGGCGACGUGCAGCGUUUGAGAAGGACACAGCUCUAGCCGGCUUUUGUGUUUCAAGAAUAUGUAUAAAGCACCAUGUAGUAAGCUCAGAGGUCUGGCGUGUGCUGCCCUUUUCCGCAAAUUGACCGAAAAUGCAUCCAGAGGCCAGCCCUGGUGUGACAGCCUUGCCCAACUCUGCAAGAGGUAUCCUGCAAACCAUUUCACCUUUCAGCACUUCAGCUUCCUGAAGCGUCAGUACGUGACGAAGGGUCGCACUGAGCUCCUGCAGCAGGCCAAGCCCAAGUCCAAGCUGGAGCCUGUGUCGGUGCCAUUGGAGGAGCGGGAUGAUGCGGUCGUGAGGCACGUGCAGGAGUUCCCGGCCAUCAGGCGGCCAGCCCAGCCUGCAAAGCAGGGUCAGACCCUGGGCGGAGGGGAGGAGAGAGGAAGGGAGGCGGAGUUGGAGGCAGAGUCAGUGCAGGAGGCCCGUCUGGAGAAGCAAUGGAAGGAGCUGAAGGUGGAACCUGGAGACCUACCAGGGGUCUAUGCCCGCCUCUCUAAAAUUAAACUAACAGCCCUCGUUGUGACGACAGCAGCAGCAGGUUACGCGAUGGCUCCAGUGCCCUUCGACCCGAGCUGUUUCCUGUUGACGUCGCUUGGAACAGGCCUGUCGUCCUUCGCGGCCAAUUCCAUCAACCAGUACUUUGAGGUGCCGUUCGACUCCAACAUGAACCGAACCAAGAACCGCCCGCUGGUCAGAGGACAGAUCAGCCCACUCCAUGCCGUGACGUUCGCAGCCUCCUGUGGGGUGCUGGGCGUGGCCCUGCUCACCCUGACGGUGAACCCUCUGACGGGAUUCCUGGGGGCCCUCAACAUCUUCCUGUACACGUGUUGCUACACGCCGCUCAAGAGGCUGAGCAUUGCCAAUACUUGGGUGGGGGCCAUCGUGGGGGCCAUCCCUCCCGUCAUGGGCUGGACUGCCGCGACCGACUCUCUCGACCCAGGCGCCCUGUUGCUGGGGGGGUUCCUCUACUGCUGGCAGUUUCCCCACUUCAAUGCUCUCAGCUGGAACCUGCGGGCGGAUUACUCAAGGGGAGGCUACCGAAUGAUGUCUGUCACCCACCCGGAGCUGUGCCGCCGCGUGGCCCUGCGCCACAGCCUGGGCCUAACAGGCCUAUCCGCUGUGGCUCCCGCAUUGGACAUCGCAACCUGGUCCUUCCCCCUGGUGUCGCUGCCCAUCAACCUUUACAUCGGCUACCUGGCGCUGCGCUUCUACCGCAUGGCCGACCGUGCCAGCGCCCGCCGCCUCUUCUUCUGUAGCCUGUGGCACUUGCCCAUGCUGCUUCUACUUCUCAUAACCUGCAAGAAGCCUCGAAAGGACCAAGAGGAGACAUCGACUGUAGUCGCGACCUCAACCACUCCCGUAGCUCUUCAGAGCUAAGACCAUCACAGUCCACCUCUUAAGUAGCCACCUUUACUAUUCCUGCCCCAAAACCACAUCAGGAUGUUCGUCGAGCCCCUUUCCCUGCUCCUGGUGGCAAAACCUACCAUCGUGGGGGGGUUAAUGCCGAGGACUGUCUUAAGCAUAUGGCUUCACUUUGAACCCUGCUUAUGCCUACAGAGAUGGGAGGUGCCACAAUGUAAAAGUUUUUAAAAAGAAAAAAAAAGAAAACUUGAAAUGUUGUCAUGCAUUCAGGAAGAAAAGGGGAUUUUGGUAGCCUAUAAUGAAUCAUUUCAGUGUAAAUUAUUUAUUUGCAUACACUGUCCAUCUGCAUGAAGUCAGUGAUUAUGCUGACAUUACUGAAUUAAUAGAAUGUGUGUAUGUUUCUGUUGAAGUUUUAAUUUGACUGUAAAUGGUUCUGUCUGUAUCUCUUCAUUCUUCCACUUCAUGCACACGUAUAAGCAGUGACUACUGACAGACUCCAGCUGCUUGAAUAAAAACCACUACCGGAUUUGGUAGUUUGUCUCAUACAGUCUCAGAGGAACACGAAUUUACUUAAAAUGAAACGAACCAAACGACAUGCGCCUCGCUGUGUUCGUUUUGAUGCCAUGCGGGUGUCUCCAUGGCCCAGGCUCCUGAGGAGGCCCAGCUGUCUUGAUGGUCGGCCUGUCUGGGCGGUACUGUUCAUGUUACACGGUUAACUGAAUGCUGACAUACUGUAUGUGGAUCAAAGGCCUGUACAAGACAGAAAUAAAGUCUCUUAUGGUCUUUUA